CCUAGGGAUUCUAACCAUGUAAACUCGAUGUUUGGUUUAAUAAGAUUGUGGUUAUUUCAUAUAUAUUGAUGUUUGAUUUCCUCUAUUUUGUUAUUUGUCUAUUCAAAUGAGAGCAUAGUCGACCUUGUACUCCUUUAAGGUGCAAGGAUCAAAAUCCUAGUUGUUUAGGAUGAGACUAGAAACAACAGUCCUAAUCGAUCGAAUGACGUGACAUCUCGAGGGAGAAAUCUGAAGGGCCCUUGUCACUCAUUAGUUUGGGUAAAUGCUUCGAAACAAGGUGGGAUCUAAUGAAAUAAGAAAUCGGCAGCUCGUAUGCCAUCGAUCAUCGAGGGACGCAUGGUUAGGAGACCUAGGGGAACUUGCCUAUACAAUGCUUUACUUCUCUAAUCUCUCACUCGUCCAUUAGCGUAGAUUUAAUUUUAUGCAUCGCGUACUUUCGAACUCUUACGUUCAGCAAAACUGGAGGCAUCUCAACCUCCUAAACCAACUUCUUCUUCAACAGAACCGUAUCUCACUUUCAGAAUAAGAGUUCUGCGAAAGGCCCUAAGGAAAUAGAUCAUGGAUUUAGGGCCACGUAAAUUUUCCUAUGUUCUACAAUAGAUCAAAUUAGAUAGUAUUAUUAUAAAUGGUUUGUAUCCUAUAUUUAUUACAAAAUAAUUUUUCCGUGUUAGUUUUAUUAUGACAAGAAAUAAGAUAAUGAAAAUGUAAGAGCAAAAUAUUAGCAUUAUACAUAUAACUCAUUCAAAAAUAACUCAUCAAAAAAUUAUAAUAUAAAAUUAAAUAUUUAGAAAGGUCUACAUUAUCACAUAUCUUUAUUUUUUCUGUAAUUAAUAUAUUUAUUUCUCAAAUGUCUAUAUUUGUACAAUUAACUCAUUUGUAAAUAGAUAAAGCAAACAACCCCUUAGUAUCAAAUCGUUAGGUUCAUUGUAUUACUCUAGAAUGAGACUUAGAAUUAGUGGCACGUCAACUUGGUAGCAAUGUGCACUCCGAUGUGAUAGAAAACUUUGUUAUUUAGAUUGUUUUCAAAUGAUAUUAGCUCCUAGUCGAGGUUUAGAAUUUAGGACAGUUCCAAGUAGGACUAGGCAUUUGGUUUGCUAAAUCAAACCAACCAAAUUCCGAACUGAUUGAACCUAAAAAUCAUUCGUUAGUUCGAAAACCAGUAGCAGCUUAACCAAAAUAUGGUGUUUGGUUCAGAACAUUAUGAACCAAACCACAAAACACGCUAUCGAACUACCAAACUACCCUCACCCUAGCUGUCAAGGUCCAUGUUUCAAGCCCAACUCUAACCCAAUUACGCCACCGCCAAAUCCCUAAAUGAUGAAUUUUUGCCUCUCCUUGAUUCUCUAUAUUGGUCUCCAAAUCUAAUUAUGAAACUCCUCUCUUCCAAGCGACAUCCACCAUCUAGUCCACCAUCCACUUGCGGUCAAUCUUCGUCCACCCUCUCUUUUUGGCAGACGAUGGCUCCAAAACACCCAGAGUCCCAAACCUGAUGCUGAGAUAUGAAUAUUCAUUGCCAAGACAUAAACCUUCUCUUCAGCUCGACGAAUCCAUCACCACCUCCCAGCGGCAUCAACAAGCAUCGAAGGUGAUUUUGGGAAUCAUUUUAGAGAAUGGAGGCAAUUUAGGAAUUUGUGAAGUUUUUGUGUAUGAAACUUCACCAUUCAGAGCUGAGAAUUAGACAAUAAAAUGGAAAAAAUGAAAGAAAAUGAGUUUCAAUUGUUAAAGAAUGAGUUUGUGUUUAUAUUUUCCCUGCUUUUACGAUUGGUGAUGGUUGUGUUUGGUUUGUUCAGGUCAAACCACACAAUAUUUCGAUUUGGAGGUCUGAGGUAUUGUUUCAGGCCUUUCUUUCUUAUACCAUAAAGAAAGUGAUUUUAUUGAAACCAUGAGAAUACUAAUCCCUUUUGUCUGCUCAACAUUGAAUUAAUCUCUUUUUUAUUUAUGAAUAAGCGUAUCAAAGACUAUCAAGUACAUUUUAAACCUAAGACAACAACUGCUACAAAGUACAACAUUCUGUUUUAUACAUCAACUAUCUAUAGAGUUUGUGCCUUAUACCAAAAUAGCUUGUUAUAUACUGCUAAUGCGAGCUCAUUAUUUCCUACAAUCAAGCUAUCAAGAAUGCCCUUAUUUUUCAAUGUUAGUUCUUGAACUUCUUAUUUUUAUAAACCCUUCUACAUCUCUCGUUCUAGACUUCACUUAAAACCAGAUUCCAUAGUAACCUUCCUUGUUUACAUUGGUUGAAUCUGUCUAUUGCUUCUUGCAACCUACAUUACCACUCUCAUUGCAACAAGUAAUUCCAGCUUGGAAAACCAACUUCAACACUGCCUGCACAUAAGAACAACUAAAGAAGAUAUGGUCUCUUGACUCUUCCUGGUUGGAACAUAGAGGACAAUUGAUUACAAUGUCAGGUCGCCACUUCUUGAUCUUGUCAAAGGUGUUAGCCCUAUCAAAUACAAAUAACCAAGCAAGUAGGAGAUUCCUUGCUAUUAAGUAUUGCAACCACAUAAGUUUUCCACAUGCUUUAUGCACAUGCUUAGGCCUGAAAAUUUCCCAGAUCUUCUUCACUUUGUAUUUAGUCAUUACAACUCCAUCCCAUGUCGUUCCAUUAUGGUUUUUUUUAUCUAAGUGCAUUGAUGAUACAUGAAAUACACUAUUCUAGACCCUCGUAUUGAUGAUCAAAAGUGCAUUGAUUUCUCAUAUUUAGCAUCAUAGUACAUUGGAUUUGCUAUAUGAAUUCUUAAAAUGAUUUUGAGACUGCUUUUGUUAUCAAGUUACGAUUUUGGUAGAGUUUUGUGCAUUUUUUGGUCAAACUAGACUAAUGGACCACAUAGGAGCUUAAGGGAUGUCAAGGCCCAGCUGCUGGAGCAAGAAUCAAAGGAAGAAACCUAGGCCUAGAAACGACGCUCUAAUUGGUGGCGAAGGUUGAGAAACAACAUUGUAGCCUCCGAUUUUAGGAAGUUCUCACUUCAUCAAGAAGGUGUCCAUAAGUUAUCUUGUAGUGUUAGCUCCAUGAAAGGACUCUUCUGAUUGGUUGUAUGAUCUCCCAGGAAACUUUACCCAACACCUAUAUAAAGGUCUUUAGGGUUUAGAACUCGAUAGCCAGUGAUAGGAGGUAGUGAGAGGGUCAUUACUCUGCUAACAGAGUUCCCCACCAAACUCAGAGUGACACCAGUUACCGGGAGGAAUCGGCAGCAGAAUCGGCACCCUUAGGCUCAAUUUUUCUGUUGAGGGUGUUGAUUCUAGAGGUAUUUUGGGAGCUUUAUUUUGCUCGAGGACUCCCCAGAAACAUGUCCUCGUGGUUGGAUAUGUAGAAUUCGAUGUUUAGUAUUCAUUACUGAUGUUUCUAUCUUAUUAUCAUUUGUUCAUAAUUUUCUAUAUGUUAUGUAUUAUUGGUUUGAAUGAAAACCUGGUUGGGCUUGCAUCCCUUUUUGUUGCAAGUAUGAAACCAUAGUCUUUUAGAACAAGACUAGACACGGCGGCUCUACUUGAUCGAUCAUCAUUCGAUCAAAUGGUGUGAUACCUCAAGGGAGAAAUUUGUAGGGUACUCGUCGUCUGUUGGUUUGUAGGGAUAUUAUGAAUUAAAGCAGGAUUAGAUAAAGUAAAUUAACAACUCAUAUGUUUCCAUUAUCAAGGGAAUGUAUCUAGUCACUCCAAGGGAAGCUUUGCCUAUGCAACGCCUCUCUCUUCUGCGGCCUCACUCAGACAUUAGAUUAUAUUUACUUUUCAUGCAUAUGCGUUCUUUACUUUUCUAUUUUGAUAAACCAGAGGCACCUCAACCUCCUACAAAAAAUUUCAUUCAACAUAAAACUCAUCUCUCACCACCUGAGUUAGUGGUUGCGAGAGACUCUAGGGAAUACGAUCCUUACCUUCAGGCCAGAUAAAUUUGAUUACUGCUACAAUCGAAGAUCAUGUCCCAUUACCUGACUUCUCGGCUUCACCACUUUAUUCCAAAGCCAUGAUCAAGGAGUGUUAGUUUCCCACACACUCACAUUCGUCAAUCAUUAUUCUUAUAACAAAACUAGCCACAAUUUUUCGUGGUUUGAAAGUGCACUCCAUAUAUGUUUAACAAUACAUGUUUGGUUUCUACUAUAUAAAUCCUUGAAUCCUAGUUAUGUUUGCUCUUUUGACAAUGCCACCAUCUUCUAUGUAACCUUGGCUCUUUUCUUCUUCGAGACCCAUACAAAUUAAGAACAUUGCUUUUGAAUUUCUAAUAUGAACUUCUUGGGUAGCUGGAAUAUUGUCAUCCAAUAUUGAGCCACACUUGCAAAUAAUGAUGUCACUAAUUGCAUUUCCCCUACAAAAGGAGAGGUCUUUGGCUGCAUCUCGUAAUUGUGUAUAUGAUUUUAUCCAUUAAGGUGUUGCACUCAACUGUGUUUAAUUUUGUAGAUAUCAAGAGUACCCUCAGGCAAUAGAGUCAAAACCGCGUUUUAAAACUUAAAAGCUUACGAUUUUACGCUUCUAGAUCACCAAAACGCUUUCUUUUCCAUGUAAAAUCUUUAGUGUGAAAUAUCAAACUAAAUUGCGCUUUAAAGUUAAAAAUCUUACGCUUUUACAUUUCCAGUUCACCAAAACGAUUUAUGCUUUUAUUCUUUCAUUUCACUAAAUGGGUAUUCUUUUCAUUAAAUUAAUAAUUAUAAAAAUUAUAUUUUAAAGAUAAACAACCAACAAUACUUGGAUGCAUUCUCACCAAAAUACUUUUAUGUUUAUGAACUUAUUGUUAAGAUGCUAUAAAUUGCUCUACUUUAGACUUGAAUUGCAGGUAUUUAUUAGCUUACCAAAAUUCUUCGCACUCAUAUUUUACAUAGUAUAUCUAUAUGUCGUAAUUAACAGAUUUUUCGUUAUUUUACAGCAUGCGUAAAAAACUUAGGCUUUUAAGCUUUGGUUCUACGCUUUACAAUUUUACCCAUUUUUUGCUUCUAGGUAGAAUCGUUAUUUUAACUGAAUUGCCCCCAAGUAUCUAACAUGCAACAACCCUUCUUAAAGCUCUGGCUUCAUUAUUAGAUCUAUUCUUAAAACAUCCUCCAUCCCUCCAAAAGAGUUCAUUUUUUUGUGGAUUACAUUUGAGGCCAUAAAUCCUAUAAAAUUGUUGCAAGAUCUCAUCCACACCCUGAACUCCCUCCACAAAUCACUCAGUGAAUAUUAAGAGGUCAUUGUAAAGCAUAGGUGAGUAAACCUAUUCUUUGACACUAUGGGUGAAAAGGUAUGAACUUUGUUUCGCUAGCGCUUUUAAGCAUGCAACUCAGAACUUCCAUAGCUAUUGCAAACAAGUAGGGUGAGAGAGGAUUCCCCUUCAUCAACCCUUUCUUUGCUUGAAAAGGACUAGUAAAAAUCUCAAUGAUGCAUACAGUAAAUGUAGUAGACAAUCCAUAUUACACUGUCGAAUGGCUUCAUGAUAUCUACUUUCACAACAUAUUUAGGUGAUAUAUUCUUCCUUUUGAACCACUUAACCAUCUCAUGAGCUAUUAUUAUAAUAUUAUCACUGAUCAUCCUCCAUUUAAUGAAGGUUGACUGGUUCUUACUGAUGACUAGCACUAAGACCUCUCUAAGCCUACCAGAUAUUAUAUUUUAUAUGCAUUUCUAAAAAAUUUGCAGCAUGAUAUAAACCUAUAUUGUUUCAUUGUUGCAACCAUGAAAAUUUUAGGUAUAAGGAUAAUGAUGGUGUUGUUUACCUCUCUUAGUAGUCUACAUGACAUGAAAAAUUCUUACACCUCUUCUAUGACUAUGAUGCCUACCAAACUCCAAUUGUCCGGAAAGAAUUAUGGUGUGAACCCAUCUGGUCCAUGUGCCUUGUCCCAUGGUAUCCCAGAAACCACAACCUUGAUCUAUUCAGAAGUAACUGGCAUACACACAAAAAUCCACAUCUUCAUGUAAUUGGUGAUUUAACAACUACUUGAUCAUUCGAAUAUGGUAUUUCAUGGCUUUCUUAUCCUCAACUCCCAAUACUCCCUCAUAGAAACUCAGUGCCUCCUUGCUUAUCUCUUUCACAUCUGUUACUACUUUCCCUUCUAUAGAUAUAAGUUGUCUUAUUAUUAUUUUUAAUUCCUAGACUUUACUGCAUAUUGAAAGAAUUUAGUAUUCCAAUCCCCACUAGAAAUCCACAUUUGCCUUGACUUCUGAAAUAUGUAUUUUCCUCAAUACGUAGUAGCUUAGGAGGCUGGACCAUACAUCCCCAUUCAUUAUCAAAUUCCUAAGGGGUCGGGUGCUCAAAGGCCUCUAAUUGAGCUACUGCAAUUGCUGCUUUAGCUACUUGUACCCUCUCAUGGAUAUUAGAAUCGUGAACUCUAUUUAGCUUCUUCAACUCAACCUUAAUCUUCUUCAACUUCUAGUAUGUCCAGUACAUUGAAGAACCUUUGACUUCGUAAAUCCACCCUUCUUUAACCAUUUAUUCAUAGCCUGGAGGUUGCUUCCAGUAAUUGAAGUAUUUAAAUGUUUAGGGUAUUGUCUUUGUACUCGUGUCUGAAUGAAUCAGAAUCCCACAAUGGUCCGAGAACUCGGAUGAAGUAUUUUAACAAUACUUUUGGGGAAUGUUGUUAUCUAGUAUAUGUAUUCACAAGUGUCUUAUCUAAUCUUUUUGAAAUGAAAAUUUCCUGCCUGCUUAUAUUUUUUCACGUGUACCAAGGUUCAUCCACUCUAUGAUCUACCAGUUGCAUAUCCUCAAUCCAACUACAAAAAUUUGAAGUACUCUCUCCUAAUUUCACCUAGUUUGAUGCUUUACUUCUAUUUUACUAUUGCAUUGAAAUCCCCCAUCACCAUCCAUAACCUCAUAUUAUUAAUUUUCUUCUUAGCUUAUGAGACAUGCUUCGUCUGUCCUUGACUUCAUUUGAUCCAUACACAAUUAGUAUUUGCAUUUCCUCCACACCCUUCACUAUUCCAUGGAUAAAUUGAUCUCCCCUAUCCAGAAUAGAAAAAUCUAUCUCCUGACUCCAAAGAAUCCACAUUCUUUCUACUUAAGUAGCUUUAUAAACCUCCUCCAGCAUCCAAUCAGGGAAGUACUUAAAAGAUAUCAUUUACCUUCUCUUUUUUAUUCUUAUUUCUAAGACAACAACAAAAUCUACUUUAAAUAGACUUAUUAUUUCAACAAUUUCCUCUUAUUUUUAGAGCUAUUGAAUUUCCUCAUGUCCUAGGAUAAUUUUUUACGCCUGCCUGGCCUCGUAUUACCUUCCUCUUGCUCCCCCCACACUCUUACUCAACUCAGGAAACUCCUUAUGAUUCUUUAAAGGGGAUACCAUCAAUGAUCCCACUGAAAAUUUAUAUAAAGUAGCCAGCAUCGGUACCCUGAAUGAAUUUUCCUUGUCAACUGCAGAACCUCCACAACUACCUGGAAUUCCUUAUUGGAGAGAAGUGAAACACCUUUGUUGCUCCAGUCUUCCAUUAUCUCAGAAACUUCACCAGUAUCCAGCUGAUGAGGUGAAUUACAAAUCACAAGUUCCUAUUAAUGCAUCAGCAGUCCCUCUUGAACUUGCUACUCCUGAUCCUCUAUCACCUCUUCGGAAGAAAUCAUAGACAUGUCCAACUUGCUUACUGCUCUCACAAACCACUGGAUGGUUACAAUAUCCAAUCUAAACAAAGAAAGUUGGCCUCUGAUCAGGAACCAAUAUCAAGACCUCCGGUAACUCAGAGUGAAUCCCCAUCUCCACACACAUUUUCGGAUAACCUAAACGUCUCCUAGUCCUAAAACUUUCAAAUCAUAGAGGCUUGCCUAUCAUGCUGGCUAGACGAGUAAGGAUGUGUCACAUGAAAUUUUCCAGUGCAUAAGUUUUCCCCAUAGGGGAGUCACUAGCUUUGGACUCUCUACCCUAAUAACAGACUCCGAUUUCCUCAAAGCGCACAUAUCGUUGUGAAGAUGCCACAGUCCACUAGUAAACACCCAAUGCACAGUCUUCGCAGUUGAAAAUUGAAGAGGUAGCAAUUUCUGUCCUAGCCAAGAAACCCUAACUGUCCCACUUUUCCCCGUAAUCCUCGAGCUCCGCCGGUAUUUUGAUUCCCGCCAUCCACGAUUUCUGGUUCAAUAUAGGCCAGUUGGCUUUCCUCCAUGAUAUCGAACAUGUUAGCCCAAGCACGCUCACUAACCAUCGAUAUUUGAGAAUUGCACAUGGAGCAGAUGCCCAACGAAGAUUUGAGGAUGGCGAGUCACACUGACGCUGGCGCCGACCGAGUUGCGUUCAACGGAUUUUUGCACUUUUUUUCCUCUCUAACUUUCUUUCUCUCUAAUGACCCACAAGGUGAUUUUUUUUUUAACAAUCCCUUUGUUAUAUACUUAUUGGAUGAUCCGUUGAGAUAAUUAUGAUCAUGAAAUGAAUAUCCAUCACAUCGGUCGAAAUAUCUAUAGUUGGGUAAGUCAUGCAUGCCAUGGUGGUGGGAGUGGGACUGGGAGGGGUUAUGUAUGUACUUCCAUGUUAUGCCCAGCAGUUUUGGGCUGGGGACUAGACUUGGACUAGACCACUUUGUCCGUUCGUUGGUGUAGCAGUAAUAGCGUAGUAGCCAUAAAGCAAGCAAGCCCCAAGGGGAUGUGGGCACAACAACACAACACAAGCUUCCAAACAAAGGGAAUUUAAUGGAAAGUGAGAUUUUGCAAUUGCAAGGUUUAUUCCCCUCCUUGUCCCCCCGAUCACCACUACACACACAUGUCCGCCUGCCUACUUUCCUCUCUAAACUACUGCCCAUCUUUUUUUCUUAUAAAAAAGCACAAAUAAAUUAACAUUCAAAAUUCUAUCGACAAAUAAAUAAAUAGCUAAUUAAUUAAUUAAGCACAAACCAACGAACACCCACCCCUUCUUCUGUUCUUCUUCUUCUCCUCCUUCUUGGUUCCCCUUUAUAAUUCCCUUUUUAUUUAUUUAUACCAAUCUCCCGCUCCUCCCUCCCCUUCUUUCUUCUUCUUCCUCCUCUCUCUCUCCCUGUUAAAUGGGUUUCUCUUUCUUGUCGUCUCCUCCAUUAGCAGCACUAGUAGUAGUAGUAAAUAACAACAAUCCAUCUUAUGGCCUCACCACCAACUAACUCCUCCUCCUCCUCCUCCACAGAUCCAUCAUCACAAACCAACGCUCUCCCAAUCCAUGGCGUUUUAUGAGCGGGGACGGAGGAAUUUCCUUAAAAACAGCGGCGGAGACGACCAUCACAACUGCUGCCUACUUCAAUCUCCUAAUUCGGCCGCCCUUUUCCUCGUCGGCCGCCGGAUAUGACGAUGUUUCCGGCCGCCUCUCAUCACCACCACCAAAACAGCAGCUCCACGACUUCCACUCCUCCUCCUCCUCCCUUCAAACACCACCAUAGUAGCCGUCGCCGCCGUUCCGACGACGGCGGAGGUUAUGGUGCUGGCUUCGAGAUCUCCACCAGCGAUAUCAUCGACGCCGACGCCAACAACAACAACAACAUUCACCAACAGAGCUGCAGCAGCCGCCGCCGCCGGAAUUGUCGUAGCGCCACUAGCAGCAAUAGCAGCCGUCGUCGUCUGCCGAUGGCGGCGGAGGAAGAUGAAUCGAGAACCAACAGCAAUACCAGCCUCAACAACGAAGCAGCCACCUCCACUUCCAAAAUCGCCGCCGCCGCCGCCGAACAAGAAGUUGUCGUUCGGCUGCCGGAAAACCGAUUAAUGGCAGGCUCCGCCCCCUCCGCUUCCGCUUCUUCUUCCUCAUCCUCCUCGUGGCUCCAGCUCAGCAUCGGCGGCGGGGCUCCGGUUGAAAUCCCAGCGACGAGCAAUAAAGAUCAUCAGCCGCAGAGGCUGGAUCCAAGAGCCGGCUGCGUCGGAGGAGGACUUAUCGAGCUCGAUCUGCUCUCCAGCGGCGGCGCAGGCGGAAGCUUUUACCGACCGUCUUUCACCGCUGCCUGCAGUCCGAUGUUUCUCGACACAAACGCUCAGCCGUCCCCGCCGCCGCUGAGGCCGGUGGCGAUGAAUGCGGCUGCCGCUACCGCUCCCCCGCCGCCGUCUUUCUUCUUCCAGCCGGCGGCGGCGGGAGGAAUGUUUAGCCCUUCUUCUUCGUAUCCCUCUAUCCAAUACCUGCAUCAACAACAACAAGACGUAAACUACUGGCCUUUCAGCAGGCCGCCGCUCAGCUCCGCCGCGUCGGCAGUGAUGCAUCAUCAUUAUAAUAACCCUCAAAUGGCGACGGCUCCGUUUUUUGCGCGGCCGUUUCAGUUGUUCGGAGAUCCCGCUCUCGGCGGUGGCGUGUCUUCCAACGAGGAGUUCAGAGUGAUGGAACCUCCGAGAAGGCCACACUCCGGCAUUUGGUUCCUCCUUCAACCCUCCCUCUCGCAGUCCAUAGAGCCAUUCUUGCCUCCAUUGCACAAGAGCUACCUCAGGAUCAAGGAUGGAAGGAUGACGGUUCGGUUGUUAAUCAAGUAUCUGGUUACCAAGCUCAGUUUGGAUAGCGAUUCAGAGAUAGAGAUAACAUGUAGAGGACAAAAGCUGCCACCAUUCUUGACGUUGCAGCAUGUAAGGGAUAACAUAUGGAGCGGUGCAAGGGAAGGAAUGGUGACUUUGCUUGCGGACCAAGGAGACUACUCUUCCUCUUCGCCAUCUCCAUCGCCUGCUAACUCCCCAGCCUCUUCAUCAUCUGAUCAUCUCAUGAUCCUGCAUUACGCUAGGACCACCACUACCACGACUUGCUAAUGCUACUUAAUUAAUAACUCUCCUGAUUAAUUAUUGAAUUAAUUAAUCCCACCCCCACAAUUAAUCAAAGGGAACCAGGAAAAAAAGAAAAACACAAAGAAAGAACCGUGCUUUAAGUUAUGUCUUUUGGUCGAUUUCUCAUCUUCAUUUCUUGUUUUCUUUUUGAUUAUUUUGUUCGCUACUCUAAUUUGAGAGAAAGGGAAUGGUUUUUGAGGUACUACUACCACCCCAGGAAACGAUGUUUACAGUUUGCUGGGGUGAUUAAGAUGAAUAACAUAACUUGCAGGGGUGCCACUUUCUUCUUUUCCUUCCCUUUUUCCACCAAGCUAUCUCUACUUUGCGGCUUGUGUAUAAAUUGUGCACGCUUUGUGGUUCCUUUGUAAGUUGUAAUGCCAACUCGCUUGUAUGGCCGCUAAUUUCUUGUUUCGGGUUCCUUUUAUCUGUUUGUAAAGAGAAAUGGUGUAGCAUAUUGCUCUCCAUUUGGGACUAGCAUGUGUAACUUAAGCUUUAUGCGCCCCAUAUGGUGGUUGAUAUUUGAUGUAUAUGUCCAGUCCACCAGCUUAAUUUGGCUUUUUUUUUUUUUUUAUUGCCAAACAUCCUACUGUUGCCUCAAGCUAUUUUAGCUGUAUUAUAUACAACUCUUAAAAUGUUAACUGGUCAACAUGUCCACCAAUUGAAUUAGAUGACCAUAAUGUGAAAACGCGUAAUACACAUUGUUCAAGUGUCGAAUUUGGGCUGUGCCCAAGAAGUGAGAGGUUGAAACUUGAUACAUAUCUUCCUUCCAUGACCCAUUGAGUGAGGGCAUGACCCAGCCUAUCUUCACCUCACCUGUCUUUUUUAGAUAAUGGGAUUGAGCUUUAUUGAGAUAAUGGGCCUGAAGUCCAUUUACUUGUCCAAUUAGAGUACACAGUAGAGUUCUCGAUAUCCAGUCCGGCCUGUGGCCUUCAUCACCACCAAGCCCAAGGUGAGAGUUUGACACUCUCUCUCUUUGCGCUCAAUCCGGAGUUUGAAGGUGCCACUGGUUAUGUGAUGAUGGAUCUUGGCCCUUGGGAGGAAAUGUCCUUUUGGCAACAGGGCCACAGUAUCCGCCCGUCACUGAUCCAACAGUUGUAAAAGCCUUAAUUAGCGCUCCGGAAUGCGAUCAGAGAAUGGUAAAUCUAGAGACUUUCACUUCAGUUCUUUGUUGUGGGGAUGCCAAAGUCCAUAAUUGAUCAGUGCAAUUCUGCUCUGGAGGAAUAUUGAAGGAAAUUUUUGAUAUGUUGAAUGCUCAGCCUUUGUUUAGGCUUCAGUUUGUAUGGCCGAAACAAUAAUAGGACGAUUAAUUAUAUUGUGUGGUCCGUCAUUAUCCUAUAUUUGUUACUUCCUAUUAUCGAGGAUGUUGAUUUUGUGAAAUGAUUACGUUCUUGUUAGUAAUAUAUAUUGACAUUAUUCUCUCCUUAAGAGUGAUUUACUGUUAGAAAAAUAGCAAUAAUUAAGAACAAAAUAGCAAUAUUUCCAUUAUAGUUUAAUGUUCAACAUACCGUAUCAUUCAAUAAGAUUUGCACGACCAAAUAUUAUAUUGGAAUCUAGAAUCCUCAUGCUUAGUUCAUUUUUUUUAGUAAUGCAAAUAACACCUAUCAUUGAUUAACAAUCAAUUGGGACUUGGAAACUUGCGAGGCCCCCAAAUAUCAGAGUUCUCAUAUUAAGAAUGUGUGGCUAAAAGCCUGACGUCAUUGUUUACAUGGCCCAAUUUUUUUCAUUAGGUUGACCCUUAAAUUUAAUAUUUCUAUUUAAGGGCUAUUUUGAUGGGGAGUUGUUAUACCAUCUUCAAUAAAAUUCCAAAUGUUCCAUUAAGUUUCACAAAACAUCCUCCAACAAGGUUCCACAAUGCUAAAAGUGUUAAAAAAUGAAAAGGUUGGGG